UUCUCCCCCAUGAUCUCCCUUCAGCCCUAAUAGAGCAGGGUAGUGGUAGUAGUGGUAUUUGUGAGUUAGGUUAGUUAGUAAGAGGCUUGUUGUAUGUUUACUGGCUUAUGAGUGAACUCAUGACGCACUGCAACAGUAGUUAAUGAAACCAUUUUUUUACCGGUUUCUAUUCUAAAACCAUGUAUAGAGACGGAGUGCUGCACAAGAAGAACAGAAAAGACUUUCUACCUUAUUUUCUAGGACUAGUUUUAGUUUUCUAUUGCACGGUUCAUCUUGUGUCUUUCACUGCAGCAGCAGCUCAGGAGGACUCCCAUUCCAACAGAGUGCGCCGGGCGCUGGAGAAUGAGACAGAGUGUAUUACAACACAGUCGUCUGAGUUUCCAGAGGGGUUCUUCACACUACAGGAGAGGAAGGAUGGAGGACUCCUCAUACACUUUAUGAUCAUAUUUUACAUGCUGCUGGCAGUUGCUAUAGUCUGUGAUGACUACUUCCUACCUUCUCUAGAACUUAUCAGUGACCGUCUGGGUCUAUCUCAGGACGUAGCAGGAGCCACCUUUAUGGCAGCAGGCAGCUCUGCUCCUGAAAUGGUCACUGCCUUUCUGGGUGUGUUUGUGACAAAGGGAGACAUCGGUGUUAGCACCAUCGUAGGAUCAGCUGUCUACAACCUCCUGGGGAUCUGUGCUGCUUGUGGACUCCUGACCAAAGUGGUGGGUCGUCUGACCUGUUGGCCUCUGUUCAGGGACUGUCUAGCUUACGCCAUCUCUAUCUCUGCUGUUAUAGCCAUCAUUUCAGACAACAAAGUCUACUGGUAUGAUGCAGCCUGUCUGUUGCUGGUCUAUGGGGUGUACAUCGUAGUAUUGUGUUUUGACCUGAGGAUCAGUGAGUGUGUUCUGAGGAGGUUCAGCCCCUGCUGUACUUGCCUGGGGAAAGGUUCCGGGGAUCACAGCGAGACACAGCCAUUGGUUGACACCACUCUGAGGGUCCACAGACGUUCUAGAAGCGACAGCGGAAUCUUCCAGGAUGAUUCAGGAUACUCACACAUUUCCCUCAGUCUGCACGGCCUGAAUGAGAUACCAGAGGACCAGAAGAGUGUGUUCUCAAUGCCAGAGAACGACCUGAAGCGAAUCCUGUGGGUGCUGUCCCUCCCGGCCAUCGUGAUUCUCUACCUGACGAUUCCAGACUGCAGGAGACGGUUCUGGAAAAAAUGGUUCAUGUUCACCUUCUUUAUGUCCGCUGUCUGGAUCUCAGCCUUCACAUACGUACUGGUCUGGAUGGUCACUAUCGUAGGAGAGACUCUGGGUAUCCCAGACACAGUGAUGGGCCUGACUCUGUUAGCUGCAGGGACCAGUAUACCAGACACAGUGGCUAGUGUCAUGGUUGCCAGAGAAGGUAAAGCCGAUAUGGCCAUGUCCAACAUCGUGGGUUCUAAUGUUUUUGACAUGCUGUGUCUGGGUCUUCCCUGGUUCAUUAAGACAGUGUUUGUGGACACGGUUAACCCUGUGGAGGUCAACAGCACCGGUCUGGUUUUCAUCUCCGCCACCCUCCUCCUCUCCAUCGUCUUUCUCUUCGUGGCGGUCCAUAUAAACGGCUGGAAGCUGGACUGGAAGCUGGGGAUCGUCUCUCUGUUCUGCUAUGUUGUUUUUGCCACUCUGGUCAUCCUCUACGAACUGGGCAUCAUAGGGAACAACCCUGUCAGACUGUGCGGCGACUGAUACACUGAUAAACACACAGAGACGUACAACAACACACACAGCGCUGCUGCAGGCCGCACUCAUCAGACUGUGUAGUGUCUGAGUGGCAGCGAUGGAGUCCACACUGCAGCCCUCCCCAGAACCAGACCACCCAGAACCAACCUCUUUGACACUCAGACCAUUUAUACAGAACCCAGAUACAGGGCAGAUUCACAGAGUACUGAUAUAGGAUCAGGUCCACCCUGUCCACGUCCUCUUAUUCAUUAUGAUCUAAAUCAGUGGAAUUCGAAGUCGGGUCGCGACCCCACUAGCAGUUGGGUUUGUGGACAGAUUAGGAGUGUUCGAUCACCAAAUUCAAAUACAUUUUUUUUUAAACAAAAAAAUAGCAGUACAAAUUAUUGUAUGGGACACGAUACAAACAUUUUUUAGAAAAAUAAAAUUGUAUCGAGUAAAUGUAUUUAUUGGUUUGUUUUUGUUUCGAUAAGAGAUGAAAAUACAAUGAACGGAAGGUUAUUUGCUGAUGUAUUGGUGGAGUCGUGAGAAAUGGUGAAAAAUGGUCCCCACUGUAAAAGUUUGAAUACCGCUGAUCUAAACAACACUCCUACUGACACACUUUAUGAAUACAGGCCCAGGACUGGGUGCCAAGACCAGGAUCCAGGCUACAUCUCAAAUGACACCUUUCCCCAACGUAGGUCUCUGGCCAAAAGAAGUGUAAAUAAAUGUAGGGGUACUCAACUCUGACCCUAUGAGGUCUGGAGCCUGCUGCUUUUCUGUUCUACCUGAUGAUUAACUACAGCCAUGCCGAAGUCAUUUCCUGAUUAGAUCAAAUGCAGUGGAACUGGCUUCAAUGUCCAGAGUUGAGUUUGACGGGUGCAAGGUGUGAUUUGAGAUUCAGCCCCACGCAGACUCCAUACUACCUGAGAAUGACCCAGUAACACUGCCUUUCACCUCUGACCUCUAACUCAGGGAAAUAAAGCUGCUUUGUAAUAUUCUACUGGACUCCUCUGACCUUAUCUGGUCAUUACCAGAGAGGAAGAGGCAAAGCGAGAGGGAUAACUGGGCCAAAAAUCUGUCACCAGCAGGUGGCAUUUACUUCAUUUUUUUCACAAGCCAAGUAUGGAGGUUUGUCAUAUUUGGUCAACAGAAAAAUGGAAUGGCCUUCUUGCUACAUGAGGUUAAUUUGAUCAAAUAGUCAUUUCGCAAUGCUUAGGUUAUGAGUGUACUGAUAAGGACACAUGACUUCCCAGCAACUUUAUAUAAGAGUUGUGUCUGUUCAAGUGUUUCUGCCCUCGCAAUGGCUAGAAUGUUCCCAGCUGAGCUUGCCUCCUCCCAACUGCAUUCCAAUUUUAAAGAGAUAUUUCAUUGUUAAAGCAGUCACUAGUCUGGUCAAUAUAAUGGAUAACCUGUCAUUACUCAAUGCUGGUGAACGAGGAAGGUGAAUGAGGGAGGGAAGGGGCUAUUGUCCAGGCAGAACAGAUAAGUGUUUACAAGCAGCCUGUGUUGCUCAACAGUAAGGAGAGUGAGAACACACUCGUAAAGAGAAGAAACCCAAAAGUUUCCACUGGUCUUGAAUGUCAGGUCAGAGACGGCGCCUGAAACUGUUUAAGAUGAAGGAAAAGUUCCAUUCAGUUGUCCACUUGUCAUAAACACCAUUUCAGUUGGUGCCCAGUUCCAGCGAGCAGAGCUGGUUUAAGACUCCCAGUGUAUACUAACCAAAGAUCCUAUUACAUUACAAACUAAACAUUUAUGGACACUAGUUUCAAACAUUUUGUCAACGUGUCAUAUCAGUUAACUUCGCUACAUGAUUCUCCUACAGCAUUGUGAUCUGGUUCCCUCCGGUGUAGAAAAGGUCUUUAGUUAGUGAUAUUUUGGCUAGCUCCAGAGGACAUUUUAUUUAUGGUGUUUUACCUGCAAUUAACCUUUGUAUUCAAUUAAACACACCCACACAGGCCUUCUAUGAACUAGCCAGUAGCCUUUGAUCCCACAGUAACUUUUACAACAAAGUUGAAAAAUUAAAAUGUUUAUUCAUUCAAAUAAACGUAUGACCCACAAAAAGAAAAGGGCUUACAAAAAAAAAACUAUGGAAGAUUAAAAGAAAAACAGACCUUAUACACAUCCAGUAGUCAUGGAAAA